AUGCCCCUGGACUUCACCAAGCACUUCGUCGCGGUGCCGACGGAGUUCAAGCUCAGGAACAACAUCGGCUGCUCCUGGAAGGUGACAGUCAAGCUGAUGAACGGCAGGGUGACCCUGGAUCAGGGUUGGGCCACCUACGCAGUCGUUCAUCAGAUCAAGAUCGGCUAUAUGGUGAUGUUCAAGCUCCUCACUCCCGACACCCUCAAGGUCAUCAUCUUCGACGACGAUGGCAUUGAGGUCGUCAACAAGUGCGGGAAGCACGACGACGCCUUCGCCGCCAAGGAGCAACCAAACACCAGGCAGUGUGGUUCAGCCCAUGCAGCCAGGCUGAGUAGAGAAGUGUAUGCGAUGCAGGCACUGUUGCACACGGCAACCAAACACGCCCUAUGUGUCUUCAUUCAGCUUGUCAGUGUAAGCAGGGACUUGCCAGUGGUGCCUGACAAGGGCAUCUCAGCUCAAGGUUCGCUCGGUUUACUGAACCGGACUGGGAAACCAGUGCCGUUAGAUACCUACACCUUCAGCAGGCGUUUCACGACCAACGAAGAGGGCUGGUACAAAUUCUUCACAAGAUCGACGCUAGAGAGCUACCUCAAGGAUGACUGCUUCACUCUCAGUUGCGACAUUACUGUUACAAAGCUGCGAGCCGAGGAAACGGAAGAUUGUGAUUUUGUCGAUCUCCUGUGGAAGGAGGGGGCAGAUGUGACCUUCAAAGUGGGUGGUGAGACAAUUGCCGCCCAUCGAUGGGUGCUGGCUGCCAGAUCUCUGAUCUUGAAGGCAGCAGCAGAAGCAGAGCUCCUUGGCGUGCCAGAAAGGGAGAAAAAGACGACGCCCAUGGCCACCGUAAGGAUCGACGACAUGGAGGCAAAAGUGUUCAAGGCUUUGCUCCACUACAUAUACACCGACACAUUGCCUGAUGAAAUGGACAAGGGAGAUGAGGCGGUGACAGCAAUGGCGCACCGAUUGCUUGGAGCGGCUGAUAGGUACAAGGUGGAGAGACUGAAGCUGAUCUGCGAGGAUAUGUUGUGCAAACGUGUCUCCACAAGCACGGUCAUAACCACGUUGGUGUUAGCGGAGCAGCACCACUCCCAGAGGCUCAAGGCGGCAUGCAUCGACUUCCUCAUCUCCCCAAACAAUAUGAAAGUCGUCUUGGAAAAUGGCGGUUUCAAACAUUUACAGAGCAGCUGCCCCUCUGUUCUCAUGGACCUCAUAGAAAGGGCAAAAGUGGCCUGA